AUGGCCGCUAUCAGAGUCCUCGCUGCUCGCGACGACCAGAACAAUGGCUCCAUGAACCCCACCACUAUCAACUUAUUGAUCUCUUUGCUCGUUUUGAUCUUGCUCGGAAUCGUGCUUGCCGGCAGCUUGCUUUUGCUCCGUCAGCGCCGUCGCAAAAUGCAGUCCGAACUGCCGCUGUACAACAACCAGAAACAGGGCCACCAAAGACGCCUCACAAUCACACAGAACAGCAGGACUGGCUCGAUACACGUCUACAACGAAAAGAAAGAUUUGAUUCAGAAUUCGUCAAGCCCUCCGCAAAGCCCCGUGCCUGAGAUUCACAUCACCUUCCCUGAAGAGGAGGACGGUUCCGGCAAGCGCCACUCUGGCCGUGUCGUUGUCGUCCACAUCAGCGAAAAGGGCGGCGUUGGGCUUGAACCAUACAAGGAGGACCUUCCGCCCUACCAAUCCAACGAAUCCGGUCGUUUUCAAUCCCUCGACCUGGAGCGUAUGGGUGGAUUGAGGGAGAAAGAAGAGGGUAGCAGAUGGUCUUAG